AUGUCAGGCAUGCUGUGGAAGUUGCUGCUGCGAUCCCAGCCUUGCAGGCUGUGUUCUUCCAGAAAGAUGCUACCAGCUCCCAAACACAGACCUUUUUUAGCUGGCUUCACCUAUACAACUAACCAUCGGCCUAACAAGGAAAAUCAAAGAACAGUGGAAAAGCUCCAUCAGUUUUCAGUUGACAUCAGGAAAAUACGCAGAUUGAAAGGAUGGGUCCUUUUGGAGGAUGAGACCUACGUUGAAGAAAUUGCAAAUAUUUUACAACAAGUAGGUGCCAGUGAGACUGCAGUAGCCAGCAUUUUGGAACGCUGCCCUGAAGCCAUUGUCUGCAGUCCAACCGCUGUUAACUCCCAGAGGGAACUCUGGCAGUCCGUCUGCAAAAGUGAGGAAGAGUUGGUCAAGUUAAUAGAACAGUUUCCAGAAUCUUUCUUUACCGUUCAAGACCCGGAGAACCGGAAACGGAAUGUUCAGUUCUUUCAAGAGCUGGGACUCAAAAAUGUGGUCAUUAGCAGAUUUUUGACAACUGCACCUAGUAUUUUUAAUAAUCCUGUUGAGAAGAAUAAGCAGGUGAUAAGGAUUCUCCAAGAGAGCUAUCUAAAUUUAGGUAGCUCUGAGACCAACAUGAAAGUUUGGUUACUAAAGUUAUUAAGCCAAAACCCAUUCAUUUUGUUAAAUUCUCCAGCAGCUAUAAAGGAAACACUGGAAUUUCUCCAGGAGCAAGGUUUCACAGACUCUGAAAUUCUCCAACUUCUGUCUAAACUGAAAGGGUUUCUCUUUCAACUUGGUCCAAAAAGUAUACAGAACAGUAUUUCCUUCUCUAAAGAUGCUUUUAAAUGCACAGAUCAUGACCUGAAGCAGUUAGUUUUGAAAUGUCCUGCCCUUUUGUAUUAUUCCGUUCCCAUUUUGGAAGAGAGAAUGCAGGGAUUAUUGAAAGAAGGAAUUUCCAUAGCUCAAAUAAGAGAAACGCCCAUGGUUCUGGAAUUAACACCGCAGAUAGUGCAGUACAGGAUAAGGAAACUGAAUUCCUUGGGCUACAGAGUAAAGGAUGGACACCUAGCCAGUCUAAAUGGGACGAAAAAAGAGUUUGAGGCUAACUUUGGUAAAAUCCAGGCCAAAAAAGGAAGGCCAUUAUUUAAUCCUGUGGCACCGUUACAUGUUGAUGAGUAA